CCUCUCAACCCAUCUAUCACUUCUUUCCGGAACUCUCAGUUCAACCUCUUUUGGAGAAUUAGGGUUUACGAGGGUUCCCUGUCUGUGUUGUUUGCUAGGGUUUUCGAGAUCGAUUUGGAGGAGAUUUUAAGGAUUAUUGAAGGCGUGAAACUCUUUAGAGUAGCGUUGUUGUUGGUGUUCGUCGAUGGCAGCUGAAAAGCUCAGGGAUUUGAGUCAGCCGAUCGAUGUGGCAUUACUCGAUGCCACUGUUGCGGCGUUCUAUGGGACGGGAUCUAAGGAGGAGAGGACAGCUGCAGACCAGAUUUUAAGGGAGUUGCAAAACAACCCCGAGAUGUGGUUGCAAGUGGUUCACAUUCUUCAAAGCUCACAAAACCUUAACACUAAGUUCUUUGCACUUCAGGUUCUGGAAGGUGUCAUCAAAUACAGAUGGAAUGCCUUGCCAGUGGAACAACGAGAUGGAAUGAAAAAUUACAUAUCAGAGGUCAUUGUACAGCUUUCAAGUAAUGAAGCCUCUUUUCGGCGGGAAAGGCUUUAUGUCAAUAAACUCAAUAUUAUUUUGGUCCAGAUUUUGAAACAUGAGUGGCCAGCCAAAUGGCAAAGCUUUAUUCCGGAUCUUGUCUCAGCAGCAAAGACUAGUGAAACCAUAUGUGAAAACUGCAUGGCUAUAUUAAAGCUUUUAAGUGAAGAAGUUUUUGAUUUCUCAAGGGGGGAGAUGACUCAACAGAAGAUCAAGGAACUUAAGCAGUCAUUAAACAGCGAGUUUCAGCUCAUUCACGAAUUAUGUUUAUAUGUGCUCUCUGCGGCAUCUCAAAGGACUGAACUCAUUCGAGCAACACUGGCUACAUUACAUGCUUUCCUUUCGUGGAUUCCUCUGGGCUAUAUUUUUGAGUCCCCACUGCUUGAAACACUUCUAAAUUUCUUCCCGGUGGCAGUAUAUCGGAAUCUUACUCUCCAGUGUUUAACAGAGGUUGCAGCCCUUCAGUUUGGUGACUACUAUAAUACACAAUAUGUUAAAAUGUAUAACAUUUUCGUGGUGCAAUUACAGACCAUUCUUCCACCGGGAACAAAUAUUCCUGAUGCUUAUGCCCAUGGAUCUAGUGAGGAGCAGGCAUUUAUUCAGAACCUGGCAUUAUUUUUGACAUCAUUAUUUAAGUCCCAUAUUCGAAUACUUGAAACAAAUCCAGAAAAUAGAUCUGCUCUUCUAUUGGGUCUUGAAUAUCUCAUUGGCAUCUCGUACGUUGAUGACACUGAAGUUUUCAAGGUCUGCUUGGACUAUUGGAACUCCUUAGUCUUAGAACUUUUUGAGACCCAACAUAGUCCGGACAAUCCUGUAGCAACUGUUGGCUUGAUGGGGCUUCAGAUGCCAUUGCUUCCUGGUAUGGUCGAUGGCCUUGGCCAACAACUUCUCCAACGAAGACAGAUGUAUGCUCCUCCAAUGUCAAAGUUAAGAAUGUUGAUGAUCUGUCGUAUGGCAAAACCUGAAGAAGUUUUGAUUGUUGAGGAUGAAAAUGGGAAUAUUGUCCGUGAAACCAUGAAAGACAAUGAUGUGCUUGUUCAAUAUAAGAUCAUGAGGGAAACACUGAUCUAUUUGUCACAUCUUGAUCAUGAAGAUACUGAACAGCAGAUGUUGAAGAAGUUAAGCAAGCAACUGAAUGGUGAGGAUUGGUCAUGGAACAACUUAAACACAUUAUGCUGGGCAAUAGGAUCUAUAUCUGGGUCCAUGGCGGAGGAGCAGGAAAAUAGAUUUCUGGUAAUGGUCAUUCGGGAUCUCCUCAAUUUAUGUGAAAUUACUAAGGGAAAAGACAAUAAGGCUGUCAUAGCAAGUAACAUUAUGUAUGUUGUUGGACAGUACCCGAAGUUCCUAAGGGCUCAUUGGAAGUUCCUGAAAACUGUUGUGAAUAAGUUGUUUGAAUUCAUGCAUGAAACACAUCCAGGAGUUCAGGAUAUGGCCUGUGACACAUUCUUAAAGAUUGUUCAAAAGUGCAAGCGCAAAUUUGUUAUAGUACAGGUUGGGGAAAACGAGCCAUUUGUUUCUGAACUGUUGACAGGCCUUCCGACCACUGUUGCAGAUCUUGAGCCUCACCAGAUCCAUACAUUUUAUGAAUCUGUUGGUAAUAUGAUUCAAGCUGAAUCUGAUCCACAAAAGAGGGAUGAAUUUUUGCAAAGGUUGAUGGAACUUCCAAAUCAGAAAUGGGCAGAAAUUAUUGGGCAGGCACGUCAGAGCGUAGAUUUUCUGAAGGAUCAAGAUGUGAUUAGGACUGUACUUAACAUAUUGCAGACAAAUACUAGUGUUGCCAGUUCGCUUGGAACAUAUUUCCUGUCCCAGAUAUCCUUGAUCUUUCUAGACAUGCUCAAUGUGUACAGAAUGUAUAGUGAGCUUAUUUCAAACAGUAUUGCCGAAGGAGGGCCCUUUGCCUCUAAAACUUCCUAUGUAAAACUUCUGAGGUCGGUCAAGAGGGAAACUCUAAAGCUCAUUGAGACAUUCUUGGACAAAGCUGAAGAUCAACCUCAAAUUGGAAAGCAGUUUGUUCCACCAAUGAUGGAUCCUGUUUUGGGUGACUAUGCUAGGAAUUUGCCAGAUGCCAGGGAGUCUGAGGUCUUGUCACUUUUUGCGACAAUCAUUAAUAAGUACAAGGGUGUAAUGACAGAGGAUGUGCCACGUAUAUUUGAAGCCAUUUUUGAGUGCACACUUGAGAUGAUUACAAAGAACUUCGAAGACUAUCCAGAGCAUCGCCUUAAAUUUUUUUCUUUACUGCGUGCAAUUGCUACACAUUGUUUUCCUGCCUUGAUUCACUUGUCAAGUCAGCAAUUGAAGCUUGUAAUGGAUUCUAUAAUCUGGGCUUUUCGGCAUACUGAAAGAAAUAUUGCUGAAACUGGGCUCAAUCUUUUGUUGGAGAUGCUGAAGAACUUUCAGGCUUCUGAGUUCUGCAAUCAGUUUCACCGGACUUACUUUUUGACGAUUGAGCAAGAGAUUUUUGCCGUUCUGACAGACACAUUUCAUAAACCAGGGUUCAAGUUGCACGUAUCAGUGCUGCAGCACUUGUUUUGCUUGGUGGACUCUGGAUCAUUAACAGAACCUUUGUGGGAUGCCUCUACAGUUCCUUAUCCAUAUCCCAACAACCCUAUGUUUGUACGUGAAUACACCAUAAAACUUUUGGGUACAUCAUUUCCCAAUAUGACCACAAUGGAGGUUACGCAAUUUGUAAAUGGACUGUUUGAGUCGAGGAAUGACCUCUCAGCAUUUAAGGAUCACAUCCGAGAUUUUCUUGUGCAGUCUAAAGAAUUCUCAGCUCAGGAUAACAAAGAUCUCUAUGCCGAAGAGGCUGCAGCUCAGAGAGAAAAGGAGCGCCAGCGGAUGCUUACCAUUCCAGGGCUUAUUGCCCCUAAUGAGCUACAGGAUGAGAUGGUAGAUUCAUAGCUGACAGGUUGAUCUUUGAUGGUGCUAAUAUCAUGUGUUCGCUCUCUCAGUGAGUGCCUUAGAUCGUUCCCAAAUUUUCUUUGGAGGUGAACGGGAAGGUGCUCUUAAAUUUUUUUUUUCUCCUUGUUCUCCCCGUCCCCAACAUUUCCUUGGUAGAUUGGUGCGUUGUGAAGGUGCCUCUCCAGGGGCUAAGGGCUGUCUGUGGACUACUGGUGAUACUUACAGGGCAAUGGUGUUGUCGGUUGAAGUAGGGGAUGGCUCAUCACAGGGAGCGAGGUCUAGUGAUGCUAAUGUAGAGAUAUAGUUUCAUUUUCCAGCCAAGUAGAAUCUGGCCUUAUCGUGCUUUUGCGAAUUGGAGGUGAUAAAAAUUUCCUGGGAGUAUACUCUUGUAAUAUCCCAUUUAGAUAUUUUUAAUGAUUCAAAAUAGUGGUUACUUUAUACUAGUUUGGGCAGAUUUUGUAAUGGUGGUGUCUCUAUUGAGCAAAAUCUGUAUUUUGGUAAUCGUUGAAAAUGCUUCAAUCAUUUUU